CAGGAUGCCGGGUCACAGUUCCCAUGACCAGCCCAGAAUGCCCAGUCAUGGGUCCCAUGAUCAGCCUGGAAUGGGCGGCCACGGUUCCCAUGAACAACCGAGGAUCCCAAGUCGGUCUCAGCAUGAUUCCAUGAUACAUGAGCGGCAGUCGGAUCACCAUGCUAAGCAACCAUCUAUGGAUGCCCAACGACCCUCUGGAGACCAGCCAGGAUGCCUGGAUAUACAAACUAUAUCGGAGACAAUCCGCCAGAUGACUAAGCAGCACGGUGUUGCUGUGACAAGCGGACAGAAUGAGUACUUUCCCUUGCCCCUGCCCUUGUGUUCUCUUGGCCAGGGGCUGCCACAGUUCCCCAAGCCCACCCAAGGUCUUUUGCCCUAUCUGCCUCCAGGAGGGUUCAAACCAACAGACACUCCGCUUCUCAAGUGUACCCACUGUACAGAGAUGUUUGCCACCCCUGUGCAGUUACAAAGUCAUAUGAUUGGGCAUUAUGAAAUGGCGCUAAGGUCGCUCCCUGCUAGUGCUUUCUCCGGAGAUGGGAGGGGUGGGGACAUGCCCACUGUCAUAAAAACUGAAAAGGACGCCAAUGGACAUCCUGAUCAGUUCAUGAACAGAAAAGACAUGGGCUGGAAAGAUAUGAACACUAAUCCCGCUGCUGCCACCAAAAGUGGAGGGGGCCAUCUUGGACAGCCUGUUUCCAUGGAAACUGAUGGCCAGCUACCCACAACCAGUGAGCAGAAUGUAAACACAACCCAGAAACCGCAAAAACCAAAAGCCGAGAAAAAGCAUGAGUGUGCCACGUGCAAUAAGCGCUUCACGAGGACUGAUCAUUUGAAGCGACACGUGAUGAAGAGUCACCCAGAGGUCAUAGCGGCUGGAUCCUCGGGCAUGGCAACUUGCACGCCUCAGCAUCUUGGUCUUAUACGAAACGACCCCACACAAAUACUUGCCAAGAAAAAUGAGGGUCAACACCAGUGUUUCAUUUGUGGAAAGCGUUUCAAACGCACAGAUCAUCUGAAACGCCACAUGGCAAAGAGUCACGCUGACCUGUUACCGACGGAGUCCAGUCGCUCACUGCUCAUGAGGUUUGAUAUUCGUGCUAUGUACGGCGACGCAGGUCCUCCACCCAAACCCGCCAAGCCAAGACCUCCCCCCGUUGUGCCUGUCUACACAGAAUCCGAGAAGCUGGAGAAACGCCAUGUAUGCAUCACAUGUGAGAAACGCUUUAAACGCCAGGACCAUUUGAAGCGCCAUAUGACAAUUCACUCUGAGGAAAAGCCUUACAACUGCGUCCUUUGCGGAAAAGGGUUUCGCCGUGAACAUCAUGUCCAGCGCCAUGAGCGCACGCACACUGGCGAAAAGCCCUACGAGUGCGUGACGUGCGGCAAAAAGUUUGCCAGAAUAGACCACAUGAAAAAACAUAACAAGAGCCACCUGUUUGAUGGCAUUCGCAAGCCAGGCCAGAAGUUGAAUCCCGCUCUGCCAUCUCUGAAUGUCCCUGUGUCGCAACCAAUGUGUGAAGAAAUACCAAAUAUAUCCUGA